AUGCAUAUUGAUAAUUAUAUUCGAAAUUCCCACACUUCGGCUUGGAAUCAGAGGGAUAUUCUAAACAAGAUUAUUACAGUUAAUGAUUCUGCACUUCGACUAAAAGAAAUUGCUGACUGGGAAAAUGAUGAAGCACAAACCCAGUAUCAGCAAUAUGGUCAGAUGAUUGCGGGGUUGAAUAAUCAAGCAACUCAACUUCAAGCCCAAAUUCAGGGAGAUGCACAAAUUAUUAUACAAUUACAGGCUCGGUCAGGAACCACCAGAUGA